AAAGGGAUAUAAAUGCACAAAUAUUUAAGUAGAGAAGAGUUUAAUAAUUCUGAUAUAAGUAAUUAGAAUAAGUAGAUGAAGGGAGUACUUAAGCAGGAUGAUGUAAUUAUAAUGAAUUAUGGAAUUUUAUAUUUCAAUAUUAUUAAUAUCGACAUACAAUGGAUAUGCAUCCAAUAAUUUCGACAUCGAAAUUAAAAGCAAUAAAGUAUAAGAUAAUAUAAAUAAAUUGAGUUGCUGUAGUUGGAGAUAAAGGAGUAGGUAAACAUUAAUUAAUAGAAAAAAUGCUGGAUGUUGAAACCAAAGUAAAUGAUCGAGAUAUUAUGUCAAUUGACUUUUUUAUAUCAUAUAUUUGGAUAGGUGAUUGUCAAUAUUAAACAAUUCAUUAUUGGGUUGUUUCUUUAGAUUAAAAUCAAUAAUAGUACAUAAUUAUUAUUAAGAAAGAUUGAUGUCUAUACCAUUUAUUCCUUAGAGUGAUAUUUAUGUCAUAAUGUUCAGUUUGCAUAAGAAUAGAAGUUUGUUUAAUGCUCUUCAUGUUUGGCUUUAAUUAAGUUCUUAAAAAAGAAAUGCUUAAUUUAUAUUUUUAGGAUCUGAGUGUGGAUAGCUAAGAUAAUGCGGUUCAUUUCAUGAUAUAAUAAAAAUAAUAAGAAAUAAAAUGAUAAGAUCUGCACCUAAUUUAGAGGAAAUAUAGAAUGAAUCAUCUUUAAAAGAAAUUAGAAAAACAAUUGCUUAUGUUGAUGAUUUUAUAGAUGAGACAUUACCAGAAAAUGUUUAAUAUCUAGAAAUUAAAGAUAAUGAACAUUAACUAUUUAAAAUGGUACUUAUAAAUUCAAUUUAAAAUGUAAUAAGUAAUGAACGAUAAAAAUUGUAUUCAAUAAGUGCUCCUAUAUCUCCAAAUGUGAUGCCUUAAUUAUAAAAGUUUUUAUCUGAGUAAAUAAAAAGAAGUGAGCAUCUAGACAAGCCAGAAACUCUAAAAGUAAUUAAAGAGAAAAGGCAAUCAGAAAUAGUUCAAACUAUAAAAAUUGACUAAUCGAUUAAUAUUUAACCUAUAUAAACAACUAUGGAUCAUACUCUUUUCCCUUUAGAAUAGAGCAGCUGUUCCUUAUAAGUUAAAAAAGAAACUGGAUUUUGUUGUUAAUUAAUAUGAUGUAAAAUAUGAACUGAC